UUCCUGAUUCAUUGCGAGGGCACAAGGUUCACAGAACAGAAGCACCAGAUUAGCAUGCAGGUAGCCGAAGCCAAAGGCCUGCCCAAGCUCAAGUAUCACUUGCUGCCACGAACGAAAGGAUUUGCUGUCACUGUGCAGUGUUUGAGAAAUGUAGUUUCUGCAAUCUAUGAUUCUACCCUCAAUUUUAGAAACAAUGAGAAUCCAACAUUGCUGGGAGUUCUAAAUGGAAAGAAAUAUCAUGCAGAUUUGUAUGUAAGGAGGAUUCCGCUAGAGGAAGUCCCAGAAGAUGAGCUUACAGAUGCAUUCCAGGAAGAGUACUACCGAACAGGAACCUACCCAGCAGUUCCUAUAGUACCACCCCGACGACCAUGGACGCUUUUUAACUGGCUUUUCUGGGCCUUAUUGCUGCUAUAUCCUUUAUUCAAGCUGCUCAUCAACAUGAUCAACAGUGGAUCAUCACUGACACUGGCUAGUUUUGCAUUUGUCAUUGUAAUGG